CUCGUGCACUGUUGCCAGACGCGCCCCGUGCUCGCUUUUGACUGCAUAUACCGAUGGCAAACGAUGAUCAUACAGAACAAAAUUCUCCCUUCGUCAUGUUCCGCGCGCCCAACAGGUCGUUUAAGCGGAUAUUCAAAGACCGCUCGCUCAGUGAGACUAUCGAGUCGGUGAGGGACAAGCUGCGGCUGCGUGACGAGACCAUAAAGCUUGCCUACUUGGAAGGCGAUAUCACCGUCGACCUCGAGGAUGAGGGCGACUUUGAGGCUUUUCGCGCUACCGUAGUAACCGCACGACCAAACACAACCCUGCAUGUGCUCGUCACCAUAGGUGAUCCGUCGCACCCCGUCGAUCGCGAGCAGCAUCAUCGCCAACAAUCAGAGGAUACCGUGCGUCCAAAGCGAAAACGAAAGCAUCGUUCUGCGGACUUAUCGGACGCGGAGGAGGACACGGAAGAGGACCAAAGCCGCAUAGCGGAACCCGCAGAGGUACUCCAUAGACAGCACACUGCAUCUCCACCCACCGAAGCUCCUGCCGAGCCCCCGAAAAAGAAACGCAGGAAGCAGAAGAAGGAUUCGAAGCACGCAAAGUCCUCUGAACCAGUCUCUCAACCCUCCGAGCUUGCUGACGCGACACCUCCGGCUUCCGAGCCUCCUGCUGAUAGUCCUGUGGCGGGUCCGUCCACAAGUAAGCCGAAACGGCGGCACAAGGACAUCCCACAACCUUCGGGCACCGAACCCUCACCUCCCAAGAGCUCGCAGGACAAGUCGGCCUUGCGCGCAAGCAACUCUGAAGACGAUGGUGAACCGGCGCAAACGGCCGAACCUGGUAAAGCAAGGAAGCGCAAACGUACGCUUUCACAAGGCUCUGACGUUGCUUCCCGCGAAGCAGCCGUCCUUGAGGAGGAUGAGCCGGAUACAGGCAGUGCGCCUGUAGCAGGCCCAUCUUUCUCACCCUCGCCACCUGCCGACCGGCGACCAGACAAGUCUGGCCCUUCCGCACGACUGCGAGCGGAAUUAGCGAAGCAGAAAAAGAAGAAGAAGCACGCUGUCCUUGAUGAUGAAGAAGGUAACCGCAAUGCCCCUAUGGCCGCUCAGCCCGCCCCUCCGGAAGACUCUGCAACCGGCCCGCCUGCUAAGAAACUGAAAAAGAAGGUCACGAUCGCAGUUUCUCCCGUGCAGAGUGAAGACGAAGACGGUAGGCCAGAGACGAGCGGGAACGUUCGGGAGGAGCCUGCGAAGCAGAAGAAGGCCCAGACUCGUCGAAGAGUUCGGACGGAAGAGAGCAGUACCGCGACGGCGCGGAAGGAGACGCAGGUGGAGAGUAACACAGAGUCCGCCGAGGAAGUUUCAUCCGAGACCGAGGCUGCCCCGGCUUCGACCUCUCCCGCUGGUGUCAGCGCAAACCCAGAACAGCAAGAUAGUGCGACGAAGAGAAGGCAGAAGAAAAAAAAGCAGACGGAGGAAGAGCAGCCUCCAGCCGUCCUCUCCGCUGUUCAGCCUCCUUUAGCCGCAAAACCCAACAAGCCGGCCAAGGCGAAGAAGACGAAGGCACCAGUACAAGAGUCCGAAUCCCAAUCCCAAUCUGAGCCCGAGCCCGAGACUGAGCCUGAGCCUGCUCCCUCUCCGGCUGCUCCAGUUGCCACCCCAAAGGGCAAGUCUGGCAGGCCGGCGAAGAAGACGAAAAAGCAGGUCGCGCAGCAGCAGCAGGCUGCCGAUGUCGAGGCAGCCCCUCCAGCUCCUGAACCAGCCGUAGGUGAGCCGUCAAAAAGGCCGGCUAGGGCAAAGAAGACGCGUGCGGGGCAGGAGGGACCGAAGGAUGAUGGGGCUGUGCAUGACGUCCAGGUGGUCGAGCAGGCCGUUGCUAGUGAAGAGGCCUCAGCGCAAAACAAGCCAGCGAAGAAGACGACGAGGAAGAAGAAAGCAGAGGGAAAGCAACCGGAGACUGAUCCUGACCCUGCCACCGCCCCGACUUCGACGCCUGCUGCAAACGCAAUCCCAUCUCCUCAAGAUGAACCAGCUGCGAAACAGACUAAAGCGAAGAAGGCUCGCAAGGUUGUAUUUGAAUCGAGUACCGCCCCUGUAGCUACUGCGUCGACUUCAUCGCCGAAUGUUUCGCGUCCCAAAGGUUCCACUGCGCAACCGUCAAGCGAUGUAUCUGAACCGCGCCCUACCGCCGAAGCUGCAAGCGCAUCGCAGGAGGCAGUCGAAACACAUUUGCCUGCUUCGAAGGCCAAGGGGCGCAAGGGCAAGAAGAACACACCAUCUACUAAACCUGCUGAGGAGAAGGCAGCUCGCUCACCGUCUGAUAAUGAUAACAUGUGGGCGGAUAUCUUCAAAAUAGUGGACCAAAAGCGUGCGUCAUCCUCCCAUGCUGAGGUCAACAAGACACCUGAGGUACAGCCUCGCGUCGCUAAGGGGAAGCAGGGCAAGUCCAAGCUAAGCACGUCUAGGGUGCCGGGGGAUGAUCCGGAGACCACAACAGUGGAACCGACUGUCGAGCAGGAGGUGCCGUCGACUCGACCUGCGCCUCCUGUUCCGGGCAGUGAGAGUAGAACUCCCGUUGCACCCACGAGUGGGACAACUGUCGAAGCUCUGCCCGCGAAAGACCCCACGCUAGUUAUUCCAUUACCGCGGACUACCUCCUUUUCCUCCUCGCGGUCUGCUGUAGAAUCGACUGGAACGACCGAGGCUGCAGCCUCCGAAGACGUUCACUCGCCAUCGGGUCCACAACCCCAUGCGGAGCUGUCGCAGGCGAAUGUUGCCGCGAUCGACACAGAGACCCGGUCAAAGCCGCCAAGCCCCGGCGUUUCUCUUGCUGCUGGCACAAAGGUAACGGUCCAGGGCCAGGGUGAAAGCAGUAGCGACGAGAGCUCCAGCAGUGAUGACGAGAGCUCCAACAGUGACGACGAGGAUGAGGGCGAUGGCGAGGCCGAGGCUGGGGUGAAGCAAUCUGCCAAUGUCACUGCGAGCUCGGUGAACAUGGAAUCCGCUGCCCUUCUCCGAGGUCCUGUGUCACGACGCAGCAUUCUUGACGAGAUACCUUCGGAAAGCAGUAGUGAAGAUGAGAAUGAAGAUGCUCAUGAGGAGGAGGAGGAGGAGGAGGAGGAGAUGGGGCUUGACAAGCAAAAGCGCCGUCUGUCGCGAAGUUACAUCCGGGCUAUAUUCAGUUCAAAUGAGGGUGUGGACGCGAAUCUCAACGACGAAGAGGAAGAGGUUGUGCCUCCAUCUCAAGAUACUACUCUGAAACAGGGCACCGUCGAAAAUCCCCUCAAUCUGGACGGCAUCUCAGUCAGAGAGAAACCCGUUUCAGUGCGAGAAGGAAAGUCGCCAAGCGCUCGAGAGGGCGAUAAGUCCCAAGUAAACUUGGCAGCUGGACGGGAGGGGCUUGAAGCUCAGAGCAGUGCGGAGAAGAACGGUAAAGCUACAUUCCAGAAAAUCUAUGCGUCGCAGGGCAGCAAACUUCUGGGGGAAUCACCUGCGCAAGAAUCUGACCGCGUUCAAAACAGCUCGAAGUCCACGUCUAGUGCUGAUGCUACGAUCAGGAUUGAGCAAAGGAAUUUGGACGUCCUCACAGAAGCUGCGUCAAGGAAUGCGGAAGUGCCAUCGUCCCCGUCCCAUGACGAGCGCGAGGAGAGAUUAGUCGCUGAAGCUCUCCCCGCAGCAGAAGUACGAAGCGCGGACUCAGGGCCAUCGAUCAAGCCUCCCAUUCAGCCCGACACCGAUGAUGUAGUCGGCUCUAUCACGCUGGUGAUUCCUGACCCGAGCCAGGCUAACAUAGACAUUGGAGACAUCAUCCUGCCAGCCGAUGACCUGCUAGAAGCCGUCGAUCACAGUAUGCCGGACAACGUCUCAAUCGAGCAGGAUGCCGAAGAGUCGCGGCCGAGUACUUCGUCUCCGUACAGUUCACCUAGAAAGGGUACGUUGAAGCGCAUGAAGGACCGUCGCGGGAGAACCCCGAAGGACAGCGAGCUGCCUGUCCUUGCCUCGGAGAACUUUGAGGAGCUAGCUCAGUCAACGCCUGCACGUGCCGCAAAGCCAGAUUCAUCACUGCCUCAGAGCGAUUCCGAGCCGAUCGCUGCGCGGAUUCGCAAGUCUGCCCGGAAGGCUGCAUUGACGACGCGCAAGUCGUCUCUGCUGACGACACCCACUCCAUCCGCCGCGAAGCGACGGGGACGACCGCCGCUAUCAAAAGAGGGGAAAGUUCGAACGAAAGCGGAGAAAGAACAAGCCGCUGCCAAGAAAAGGAUUGCAGACGAGAAGAUCAAGGAGGCAGAGAAGGCGGAGAAGGCAAGCCCGCGACAGAAAGCGUCUGCCGCGAAGAAGAGUGUCAAAGGCGUGAAGCCCGCUAGCGCGCUCAAAGUUGUGACCAAUACUGCCGACGACGACGAUAAACCCUCCGCCGACGAUGGUUCGGCUACACCUCGCCCAACCAUUCAAGAUGUACAGCCCCCGGCUUGGACGACGUUGACACAGGGUGGGGAUGAGCUUACUGUUGAACCAGAGUCACUGCUCGAUGAGCUGGGGUCAAGCAGUCCCGCCCGCAGCGCAUCUGGAACAGGCCCCCUUCCGGCGAAGAGAUUAUUUGCAGUUGAGAUCGUGCGUAGCAAGGCGAGCUCGCAACCCGUUGCUAAGGUUGCGGAUGAUCACAAUGCAUCUCAGUCUUCUCAAGACACAGCAUCGGAUGUGCAUGCCGCAAGCCAAGAAUCGAGGGAUGCCGAUGAAGGUGAUGCGCUCUUCCUACCGGACAAUAGUCAGUAUCAAACGCAGCAAAAUACGCAGAACCUCAUCUCUGCGAAAGGCACGAUGCCAACCCCAUUUCCAUCCAUUGACUCUGACCCGGACGAUGGCGCUUUAACCAUCAUGAAGCGUCCGGCUGCGCGCUCAGGUUUAUGGAAUGCGAAAACACAGUUCCGCCGUCUGUCGGAUAUGACGAGUCAGCAGCUUUUCCGUCCCUUGGACAGCAGCAGAGCGUCGUCGACGCCGGCCGUGGCCAACAAGAGUGGCGUUACUGUCCAGAUCGAAGGUGAUGACGAGAGCUCCUCCUCCUCGGACGAGUCGGGGUCGGAUUCGGACACGGUAACAAAGUCGCAUAUUCCGCAGGACAGGAGAGCAGGCGCGGGCGUUCAGAAACAGAAGAAAUCCGGACUUACAUCUUUCACUAAGUAAAGCCCAUCUAGCAUCUUUCAUGAUUUCAUCACUAUGUAGUGCAAUUGGUUCCAUAUCGUUGAUUGGAUAUCUCAUCAAUGUACUGUAGCGUUUCAAUUCGUAUCGGUUGGGAUAUCGCUCAGAACGGACGACGAGAACGCGACAACGAUGCUAUGAUGAUAGCGUACAGCGUAUAUAAUGACAUGAAACUGCUGGUUUACAGACUGAGCAAUUGCAUAGACCAAAAGC